GAAGGGCGAGACAGAGCUUACAACGCAGCCACAGCUCCUCCGCCAUUCAGCCAGACUGUCGACUGAACCGGGAGUGCCAGGACCGAACAGCCGCAGAACCGGAGACCGUCGUCAGCUUCCCCUGUUUCUCUCCAGCUCUCUGUGAGACCCCCACACACAAACCGCAGCUACAACAUGCGUGAGAUCGUGCACCUGCAGGCCGGGCAGUGCGGGAACCAGAUUGGAGCAAAGUUCUGGGAGGUGAUCAGUGAUGAGCACGGCAUUGACCCAACGGGAACCUACCAUGGAGACAGUGACCUGCAGCUGGACAGAAUCAAUGUCUACUAUAAUGAGGCCUCAGGUGGGAAGUACGUGCCUAGGGCCAUCCUAGUGGAUCUGGAGCCAGGCACUAUGGACUCUGUCCGCUCCGGCCCCUUCGGACAGAUCUUCAGACCCGACAACUUUGUCUUUGGCCAGAGUGGAGCCGGUAACAACUGGGCAAAGGGCCACUACACAGAGGGAGCUGAGCUGGUGGACUCGGUCCUGGAUGUGGUGAGGAAGGAGGCUGAGAGCUGCGACUGCCUCCAGGGUUUCCAGCUUACACACUCCCUGGGCGGUGGCACCGGCUCGGGUAUGGGAACUCUGCUCAUCAGCAAGAUCCGUGAGGAGUACCCCGAUCGUAUCAUGAACACUUUCAGUGUGGUGCCUUCUCCUAAGGUGUCAGACACAGUGGUGGAGCCCUACAACGCCACCCUGUCUGUCCACCAGCUGGUUGAGAACACAGACGAGACUUACUGCAUCGACAACGAGGCCCUGUAUGAUAUCUGCUUCCGCACCCUCAAACUCACCACGCCCACUUAUGGAGACCUCAACCACCUAGUCUCUGCCACCAUGAGUGGGGUGACAACUUGCCUGCGUUUCCCCGGCCAGCUCAACGCUGACCUCCGCAAACUGGCUGUCAACAUGGUGCCCUUUCCUCGUCUGCACUUCUUCAUGCCCGGCUUCGCCCCACUCACCAGCAGGGGCAGCCAGCAGUACAGAGCCCUCUCUGUUCCCGAACUUACUCAGCAGAUGUUUGACGCCAAGAACAUGAUGGCCGCCUGCGACCCACGCCACGGCCGCUACCUGACCGUGGCCGCCGUCUUCCGUGGCCGCAUGUCCAUGAAGGAGGUGGACGAGCAGAUGCUGAACGUGCAGAACAAGAACAGCAGCUACUUCGUAGAGUGGAUCCCCAACAACGUCAAGACAGCUGUGUGUGACAUCCCGCCCCGUGGGCUCAAGAUGGCCGCCACCUUCAUUGGCAACAGCACGGCCAUACAGGAGCUGUUCAAGCGCAUCUCUGAGCAGUUCACCGCCAUGUUCCGCCGCAAGGCCUUCCUCCACUGGUACACCGGCGAGGGCAUGGAUGAGAUGGAGUUCACAGAGGCGGAGAGCAACAUGAACGACUUGGUGUCCGAGUACCAGCAAUACCAGGAUGCCACGGCUGAGGAGGGAGAGUUUGAGGAGGAGGGAGAGGAGGAGGUGGCUUAAGGCUUAAUGCCAUCAUCAUUUCUCAACUGCACUCAUCAUAACUCCACCUCCAUCCACUUAUUUCACGCCUACUCUACUCUCUUUCUCUGACUUCUUUAAAACAGUAUUCACCUUUCCCUGUUCUCUUACCCCUGUUUUCCCUCUGUUUCCUUUAAUCUCUGCCUCUCCUCUUUCUUUCAUUGACAGUCCCCCUUUUUCGUCCAUCCAGAGUAGGAUUCACAACACUAAAUUGUCUCCCUCAUCUCAGUGCUCAUAUAGAGGUAGCUAACACAGGUGUGCUUGUGGUGUGUUGUCGGUAGCUUUCUGUUAAUGUUCAUUUCUCAUCAUCAAUUCCAUACCUGGGCCAAGUAUUCGAUAAAACUGUUCAACCCAUGCACAUUUGAUCACUUGUCUAAUUUGGCAUUGAUUGAAAUAAAUUUGUUGGAAACAUUA